CCCUGGAGAUGGUUCCCAAAGUAGGACGACACUUCCACAGAGUGGGCCUGCCUCCCAAGCUUGGUUCGUUCCAGCUGUUCGUGGAAGGGUACCAUGAGGCUGACUAUUGGUUGAGACGUUUUGAGGCGGAGCCUCUCCCAGAGAACAUCAGGAAACAGCUCCAGUCUCAGUUUGAGAGGCUCGUCAUUCUGGACUACGUCAUCAGAAACACCGACCGAGGGAAUGACAACUGGUUGAUCAAGUAUGAGAAGCCAGGGGAAGGAGAGGGAGAGAAG